CCCUGUUCGCGGAAUCGCGGAAUGCUUUUAUCCUUGAUUGAUUGAACGUCGUUGCCUCGUGCAUACAAUUACUCCGAUUGCCAAUCUCGCCGAUCCGAUCGUUUACCUUAUAGAGAGCGUCAUAAGAGGUUGCAAUUUCGUGUGAGGAAAUGUGUGAUAACUGUUGCUUUGCCGCAUCAAUAUGAUAUUACACAUCCACUUGGAGUGGACUGUGCUUGGAUCGGCACAAUUAUGAAAAGAAGUUUGUGCACGUUUCGCCCGAGAGUCCAAUGCUAUUCUGAGGGAAGUGCGGCUCCCGGGCUCGUAUGUACGCUUGGAACAAUUUAUCGAAUCCUGUGUACAGGGUUUUACAGCAAUCGCAAGUAAAACGUGUCGCUCGUAUCAUGAAUAACAGAAUAUUCCUGUACUCUACAUUAUUCUGGCAAUUUGAUUAUGUAACUCGUGUUGGAUUAUUGACUUAAAAUCUUGGUAAACUUGCUUUUAAUGACAUCUCUGGAAUGUGGCCAGAAUAGCAGAGAGGUGGUAUCGAGAAGGUGGUUGACACGCCUUCAUAUAUUUGAAAUGAUUGAAAGUGUAUCACGCAGAGCACUGAGUGGCUCCAGUGGGAGCUACCACGUACGUGGUGCUGAAUUAGCAAGGAAUCGCAGACUAAAAUCUUUGUCAGCCACUGUUACUUUCCUAGAUGAUACACAGCAUACAUUUCAAUUAGAUAAACGAGCAAAAGGACAAGUUCUAUUAGAUUUGGUGUUUCAACAUUUAGAACUUAUUGAAAAAGAUUAUUUUGGUUUACAAUAUGCUGAAAAUGGAGUUGGCACAACUAUUCCUACAUCUGAUAUAAUGAGGUGGCUGGAUCCCUCUAAACCUGUGAAAAAGCAGAUAAGAAGUGGACAUUUCUUUUUUAGAGUAAAAUUUUAUGUAUCUGACCCUAGUAAACUACAAGAAGAAUAUACUAGAUAUCAGUUUUAUUUACAAAUACGUAGAGAUAUUCUUCAAGGGAAACUCCAAUUAUCCCCUAGUACAGCUUGUUUAAUUGCUAGUUAUACAGUUCAAUCGGAAUUAGGAGAUUAUCAUCCAGAGGAACAUGGACCAGGAUAUCUUUCACAAUUGCAAUUGAUACCUGGACAAACAGAAGAAAUGGAAAAGAAGAUAUCAGAGCUACAUAAACUGCAUAAGGGACAAUUGCCAGCUGAUGCAGAAUUUAAUUUUUUAGAUCAUGCGAAACGUUUAGAUAUGUAUGGGGUGGAAUUACAUAAAGCAAGGGAUUCAACAAAUAAAGAAAUACAGUUAGGUGUUACAUCGAUUGGUCUAGUUGUAUUUCAGAAUAGCAUAAAAAUCAAUGUAUUUUCAUGGUCAAAAAUAGUUAAAAUCUCUUUUAAAAGAAAACAAUUUUUUAUACAACUUCGACGAGAACAAUCUGAAAAUUACGACACGUUAUUGGGUUUUAACAUGCAAACUUAUCGUAGUUCUAAAAAUCUAUGGAAAGCUUGUGUUGAGCACCAUACCUUCUUUAGACUUCACAGCCCGAAAAUGCGACCAAAACGAUUUCCUCUUACUUUAAGUAGUAGAUUUACAUAUUCAGGACGUACAGAAUUUCAAACAGUUGAAGAUGGAAAACACAGAGCACGUGUGGAAAGGACAUUUAUACGGUCACCUAGUAAAAAAAUUGCUCAUACUAUUGCAACUGCAUCUGUUACUGACGACAAAGGAAAAUUGGCAAUACCUGGGAGACCUCCACGAUCUUAUGAUAAUAAGGUUCAAUCCCUCGGUGCUCGUGAACCUCGUCAAGCAUGGGGUGAAGGAAAUCCAAGUGACGAUGAGGGUGGUUUUUUAUCUUUGAGGGAAGAAAUAACAGGAAGCUAUACACGAGGUGGAGCAUUUUCACCAGCGUUAGGAUCUCGAGUGUUCAGUUAUGCAGACGAUGAUACAACUGCUGAAAGAAAUAUUUACGAUUUGCCAGAUUACAGCGAACCUACUAGUUCACCAGCUCCACAAAUAUUAGAAGACGGUUUAGUAACCAUAUCUUUAACGCCAGAUGAACAAGGUCGUUUUGGUUUUAAUGUAAAAGGUGGAUUAGAUUUGGAUAUGCCAAUCUUAGUAUCACGAGUAGCACCAAAUACACCCGCUGAUCGUUGUUAUCCAAAAUUGAAUGAAGGAGAUCAAGUUGUUUAUAUCAAUGGAAUUGAUGUGAGUGGUUUAUUGCAUGAACGCGUAGUAAAUUUAAUACGGCAAUCACGCGAUCGUGGAUCUGGUGAACUUACUUUAACUGUUAGACCUAAUGCUCUAUAUAAUGCAUUGGCUGGCACCGAUGAGACGUCCGAAGAAGAACCGCCUUAUAGGUAUGUACCUGAUGCGCCUCAUGCAGCUAUUGGAUCUGAUGCACUAGCUCAAUCUAUGUUACUGCUUGCGGACGGUCUAGCAAGUGGUGCUCUUAUCGCGCAAUAUGAACAGUUAUAUAGAAAAAAUCCGGAACUUACGUCACUUGAAUCGAAAAAACCGGAAAAUCAAUCAAAAAAUCGCUAUCGGGAUAUUUCGCCGUAUGAUGUUACUCGAGUAAUUUUGAUGAGAUCUGCGAAUGGAGAUUACAUCAAUGCCAAUUACGUGAACAUGGAAAUACCAGGUUCAGGCAUUAUUAAUAGGUAUAUUGCUACACAGGGUCCCUUGUCUUCCACCGUUGCCGACUUUUGGCAAAUGGUUUUAGAAGCGGGUAGUACACUUGUCGUAAUGCUCACAACCUUAGUUGAACGAGGUCGUGCAAAAUGUCAUCAAUAUUGGCCGGCAUAUAACGAGACUCUCACAUUAAGAAAUCUCACACUUACAUCGACUGCAGAAAAUGUCGAAGAUACAUUUAUUUUUAGAGAAUUCAUACUUCGCGAUGUUAAUACUGGAGAAGAAAGAGAUAUAACACAUAUGCAGUAUUGCAGCUGGCCCGAUCACGGAGUGCCUAGUGAUUGGCGACAAUUUACUAUGUUUACAGAACGCGUUAGAGCAGCUCGUACUGGAAUAGUCGAACCUGCGGUUGUGCAUUGUUCUGCUGGAAUAGGUCGAACUGGUGUAUUAGUUUUAAUGGAAACUGCAUUGUGUCUAAUUGAAGCUAAUCAACCAGUGUAUCCAUUAGAUAUUGUACGCUCUAUGAGAGAUCAAAGAGCAAUGAUGAUACAGAAUGCUAGUCAAUAUAGAUUUGUGUGUGAAGCAGUCCAUAAAGCCUAUAGCGAAGGAAUAGCCAAGCCACUUCCAGAGUUUAGUAGAUGAAAAUAAAAAUCCAUAUGGAGGGCAGCGUUUGUAAUUAUACCAUUUCUUCUUUCACAUCUUGCAUCAAGCCUCAUGCCAUUAGAAAGUAGUUUUAUAUUUUGACAAUAACGCGUAUAAUAAUAUAUAUUUAAUAUAGUAUAUCCUAAUAAAAAAGAGCAGAUAUGUACUACGUAAAGUAUAAUCUCACUAUACAUAAU